UGACUUUGUGGUGGCAGGGCAGGGGCUGUUCCUCUUUCGGGUGGGAAUGUUUACUUGCCAAGAGCUGGGCUGCCCAUAAGCAGAGGGUCCCCUCCAACCGGGCCAGGACCACACACGCCAGUGCCCCUUGUAGUCCAGCAGGGGUGUACCACGUUGCUCAGGAAGCUCCAAAAAUCAGGAGAGGCCGGGAGAGGUGUUCCCCGGCCUGGCUGCACUGUCUCCCGAGCAGGAGCUGCCCUGACAGACACGCCGCCUGGCUUCCCGGGGAGUUUGCACUGGCCCCGCGGGCAAGCUCAGAGCCAGGCCAGGUCUGGGAAGACCCUGAGCUAGAUCCUACGCUCUGAAAGCCACCCCUCACCUGGGGUGCCAAGAAUCCAGGUCCCAGGAGAAGGAAGACUCUGAGGAGCACCAAACAGUGAGUGUCACACACAGCCCGUUCACCCAUCCUCCUGCCCCUCCUCUUCCCCCCCUCCUUGGAUGAGCCCCUCCCCCAGCACCCCCACUGUCCUCUCCCAGUUUCCCCCAGACCCCUCCUGGCUCCCUGUGCCUUUGGCUUCCCGCCACUCCCCUUCCCCCUCCUCUUUCUCUUCCCAACACCAUCUACUGGCACAUGCCCUUGGGUUUACAAACAGUUCUGAAGCCUGAGCAGGAGUUUGCCAGGCUAGAGGAAUGGUCCCAGUGGAAAAGUUGCACUGGGAGAUGGUAGGGGUCAAGCCGAAGGGAAAACAUUUCUCUGCCUGCUUGAUGCAUCCCCUCACUUCCCCACAACAUCCCAAACCCCCCUGGGGCAGAGAUGGCCGGUGGAAGCCAACAGCGGCUGGCCGCGUACCUGGAGCUCCUGAAGGAAGAGGAGAUGAAGGAGUUCCAGCUUCGGCUGCCUGGCAAGAUACUCGACGAGGGCUCUUCUUUUGUGACCCCAGCUCAGCCAAAGAAGGCAGGUGGCCUGGAGCUGGCCUCGCACCUGGUGGCUCAGUAUGGGGAGCAGCAGGCCUGGGACCUGGCCCUUCGCACCUGGGAGCAGAUGGGCCUGGGCUGGCUGUGCACCCAAGCCCAGGCAGAGGGGUACCUGAUGUUAGACCCCUCUCCUUCGUUCUUCGGCUCCCCAAAUGUAGCCAAUCUGGAAUCCCCCAGCUGGCCCACCUCUACGGAGGUGCUGAGGUUCUGUGACCCCGAACAGCCAUCCCCUCAGGACUCGGACCAGAGAAGGGUUUUGAGGUACCUGACUAACUUGUCCGGAAGCAGCUGGAGAGAAAACCCAUCCUCACUCCUCUACUUCUCACAAUCCCCAAACCACACAUCUCCAGACCAGGAGUCGCCCACUGCCCCCACAUCCACAGCAGUGCCGGGAGUCUGGGAGCUGCCAUCUCAGCCCAGAACGGAUGCCAGAGAGCAGACAGCUUCCCAGGUGAUCGGGCUUCUGGUUGAAGACCACGAGAAGGAGGACCCAUGGGGCUUCUGGAGAGGGGCAGGAAACAAAGAAAGAUCAUCUCCCCAGAAGACAGAGAGGCCCUGCACCACACAGGGUCAGAAUUCUCAGUCCUGGAAAAAAGGGAUUUUGCACCAAAAGUUCACAGAGCUGCUACUUCUACACAGACCUCACACUCAAGGCCAUGGACCUCUGGUCAACAGAAGCUGGCCUCAGGAGGUGCUGGAGGAGCGAGGGCAUUUGAUUGAGGUCCAAGACUUAUUUGGCCCAGCCCUGGGCAUCCAGGACAAGGCCCCCACAGUCAUACUGCUGGGAGCUGCUGGGAUUGGGAAGUCAACACUGGCCAGACAGGUGAGAGGAGCCUGGGAGGAUGGCCAGCUGUACCGGGAGCGCUUCCAGCAUGUGUUCUACCUUGACUGCAGAGAGCUGGCCCAGUUCAAGGUGGCGAGUCUCGUUGAGCUCCUGGAAAAAGACUGGCCCACCCCUUUGGUUCCCACUGGGCAGAUCCUGUCUCAGCCCGAACAGCUGCUCUUCAUCCUUGAUGGUUUAGAUGAGCCCAGAUGGGUGUUUGAGGAGCAGUGCUCUGAGCUGUGCGUGCACUGGAGCCAGCAGCAGUCAGUGCACACCCUGCUGGGUGGUUUGCUGGGGAAAACCACCCUCCCUGAGGCAUCCUUGCUGAUCACAGUUCGCAACACAGCCCUAGAGAAACUCAUUCGUUUUUUGAAGCAGCCACAUUGGGUGGAGGUGCUGGGGUUCUCUGAUGCUGGCAGGAAGGAAUAUUUCCACAAAUAUUUCACAGAUGAAAGUCAAGCAAUCAGAGCCUUUAGCCUGGUGGAAUCAAACCAAGCCCUCUUGACUCUGUGCCUUGUGCCCUGGGUGUCUUGGAUGGUCUGCACCUGCCUGAAGCAGCAGAUGGAGAAGGGAGAAGAGCUCCCACUGGCCUCCCAGACCACCACUGCCCUCUGCCUGCACUUUCUGUCCCAGACUCUCCCAUCUCAGCCCUUCAGGACCCACCUGAGGCACUUGUGCUCUCUGGCUGCUAAGGGAACCCAGAAAGGAAAGACACUGUUCAGUCCAGCUGAAUUCAAGAAGCAGGGGUUAGAUAGGGGCCUCAUCUUAACCUUCGUAAAGAUGGGUGUUCUUCAAAAACACCCCACCUCUCCAAGCUACAGCUUCAUUCACCUUUGUUUCCAGGAGUUCUUGGCAGCAAUAUUCUGUGUACUGGGAGAUGAGGAGACAGGAGAUCACCCUAGUAGCAUCCAAAGGGUGAAGAAAUUGCUGCGAAGGUAUGGAAGGCAUGACAUCUUUGGGGCACCAACCACAUGUUUCCUAUUCGGCCUUUUAAGUAAACAUGGGGCAAGAGAGUUGGAGAAUAUCUUCAACUGCAAGCCCUCUGGUGGGGUGGAGGAUGAGUUGCUGCGGUGGACAGAAGCAGAAGUCCAGCACAGGGAGUCCUCACUGCAGCUGUGCUCUCUGGAGUUGUUCCACUGUUUGUACGAGAUUCAGGAUGAGAAAUUUCUGACACAAGCAAUGGCCCAUUUACAAGGAACGAGGGUGCAGGUUCAAACGGACCCAGAUCUCCUGGUGCUCACUUUCUGCCUUAAAUUCUGCCGCAAUGUAAAGAGGCUUCAAGUGAAUGACGUCGGGCAGCACGGACCAGCCUCGUGGGACCCCCGGGUGGCUCUGUUCAUGGGGGUCCCAAUUACUGAUGCCCGAUGGAAGAUUCUCUUCUCCAUUCUUGGGGUCAUCGGGAGCCUGCAGGAACUGGACCUGAGUGGAAACUCCCUGAGCCGCUCUGCAGUGCAGGCUCUUUGUGAGGCCCUCAGAUGCCCUCAUUGCCACCUGGAGAACCUGCGGCUAGCUGGCUGUGGCCUUACUUCCAGCUGCUGCCAGGAUCUGGCCUCUGCGCUCAGUGCCAGCCCCAGCCUGGUGGAGCUGGACCUGCAGCAGAACGACCUGGGAGGCCUGGGCCUGGGGCUGCUCUUCCAGGGGCUGAGGCACCCCACCUGCAAUCUCAAGAGCCUGCGACUGGGCCAGAUCCCUUGGAGCGAGGAGGUGAGCCGGGAGCUGAGGGCCCUGAAGGAAGAGAAGCCUCAGCUGUGUGUCCUCAGCAGAUGGAAGCAAAAUGUGGCAAUUCCUAACGAGGACUCAGAUGGGAGCCAGAUGGAACGUAGCGUGUCCUCACUCAAGCGGCAGAGAUCAGAAUCAGAGGGACAGUCGCCACAAGUAGCACAUGUGGAGCCCCACUGGGUGCCUGGUUCCACCCUUCCCAAGGACCUGCACAUGGAGCCACUGGCAACUGAAGAUGACUUCUGGGGCCCCACAGGGCCUGUGGCCACCCAAGUGGUCGACAAGGAGAAGAGCCUAUACCGAGUGCACUUCCCUGUGGCCGGCUCCUACUACUGGCCCAACACGGGCCUCUGCUUUGUGGUGCGAUGGGCAGUGACCCUUGAGAUUGAGUUCUGUGCAUGGAAGCAGUUGCUGAAAGGGAUAGGCCUGCAGCACAGCUGGAUGGUUGCAGGACCUCUGUUUGACAUCAAGGCUGAGCCAGGAGCUGUGGCAGCUGUGCAUCUCCCUCACUUUGUGGUUCUGGAAGGAGGCCAUGUGGACAUCUCUCUGUUCCAAGUGGCCCACUUUAAGGAAGAGGGGAUGCUCCUGGAGAAGCCAGCUAGGGUGGAGCCCUCUUACAUCGUCCUGGAAAGCCCCAGCUUCUCCCCCAUGGGAGUUCUCCUGAGAGUGAUCCAUGCUGCCCUGCGCAUACCCAUCACCUCCACCGUGUUGCUCUACCAUCACCCCCGUCCUGAGGAAGUCUCCUUCCACCUCUACCUGAUCCCCAGUGACUGCACCAUUCAGAAGGCCAUAGAUGAUGAAGAAAAGAAGUUCCAGUUUGUGCGAAUACUCAAGCCGCCCCCACUGACCCCACUCUUCAUGGGCUCUCGAUACACUGUGUGUGGUCCAGGGAAGCUGGAAAUAAUCCCCGAGGAACUGGAACUCUGCUAUCGGAGCCCUGGAGAAUCCCAGCUCUUCUCUGAGUUCUAUGUUGGCCACUUGGGAUCAGGGAUCAGGCUUCAAGUGAAAGACAAGAAAAAUGGAACUAUGGUAUGGGAGGCCUUGGUGAAAGCAGGAGAUCUCAGACCUGCAGUCACGCUGCUCCCUCCAAUGCUGACAGCCUCACCUCCAUUCCCAGAAGCCCCAGCCCUGCACUUCGUGGACCGGUAUCGGGAGCAGCUGGUGGCCCGGGUGACAUCGGUGGACCCUGUCUUGGACAAGCUGUAUGGGCAGGUGCUGAGCCAGGAGCAGUAUGAGAGGGUGCAGGCUGAGGCCACCAAGCCGAGCCAGAUGCGGAAGCUCUUCAGCUUUAGCCCAUCCUGGGACUGGGCCUGCAAAGAUCGACUCUACCGAGCCCUGAAGGAAACCCAUCCUCACCUAAUCGUGGAACUGUGGGAGAAGUGGGGCAGCAGCAGAGACGGAGGGGAGAUGGGUCCUGAUGAGCUCAGCACUGAAGUCUGAACACCCGUUUUUUGAGUCCUGGCUGUCUCACCCUCUCUGGUCCCAGUUUCUUCAUCUAUAAACAAGUUGCCCUUGGUGGUACCUUCCAGCUCUAAAGUUACAGAGCUUUGAUGGUGCCUCCGCUGGGCUUUAUAUGUCCAUGUCCACCCAGGCACCCAGUCUACCUUCUGGGACUUCACAGGCCAACCGUCCAGGUGAGGCAACAGCAUCUCAGGAAACGUCCAUCUGGAGCUGGCAAGGGUUCUGCAGGCCUGUGGAAGCCUAACUCAAGGGUCUGGUUGGUGGCCCCAGCAGCCAAGCCUAGAGCCCUCCCUGUCCCCUCUGGAUGCAAGGAGGAAUCGGUGGGGUGUGGGAGAUGGCACGUGACUGGCAACUCUGGCUGGAGACAGCAGCGGACGCAGAUGCUUUGUGGGAUUUGAAUGGCUUGCAGAUACAUGCAAAAACAAACUUAUUUUUCAACGC